AUGAGUGAUCAUUAAGACAUACUACUAAUCUAUAAAUUUAAGGAAUUGGUAAAAAGAAGGAAUAACUAGGUUAGAUCAUAUAAAAUAAUGAUUUAUAAUAAAAUACUAUACUUAGAGAAUGUAAAGGCAAAAUAAUAAUAUUUAGAUAAGAAAUUAUCAAAUUUUUGA